GUGUUGCAUAUUGAAAUUUGUUAAUGUUUUCUAAUAAGUGCCAAAAUGUACUUAAAUCGUUGAUUAAUACCAUAGUGGCUGAUGUUUUGUUAAUAUUUUUAUUUUAUUAAACCUGCAUUCGAUAAAGAAAUAAUGCAAAUAUUGCCUUAAGUUAUGUUUAAUGUUGUUCUAAAAUUAAGUGCCUAAUAAAGUGCCUCACAAAAUGUUUAGGUUUUUAAGUGGUCGUAAGGGUAGAACGACUACUAGAAGUGUAGGUGAUGCCAAAUCAUCAAAGGGUUACAAUAAGAAUUUAAUUCAGUGUAAAGUAAUUCUUUUAGAUGGGACAGAUCUUUCUGUAGAGUUGUCUAAAAAGGCUGAAGCAAGAGACUUAUACGAGCAGGUGUUCUAUUCACUAGAUUUAAUAGAGAAAGACUACUUUGGACUCCAGUUUACUGAUGUUAAUCAUGUUAAGCAUUGGCUGGACCCAACAAAACCAAUUAAAAAGCAAAUUAAGAUUGGACCUCCCUACACUUUGAGAUUGAAAGUUAAAUUUUAUUCGUCUGAGCCAAACAAUCUAAGGGAGGAAUUGACACGAUAUCAGUUCUUUUUGCAAUUAAAACAGGACAUACUUGAAGGGAGAUUGGACUGUGCUCACCAGAUUGCAGUGGAGUUGGCCGCUCUUUCUUUACAGUCUGAACUAGGGGACUAUGAUGAGACUCAACACACUGCAGCUACCGUCUCGGAGUUCAGAUUUGUUCCCAACCAAACUGAAGAGAUGGAGAUUGAAAUAUUAGAAGAAUUUAAGAAAUGUCGUGGUUUAACACCUGCACAGGCUGAACUUAGUUACCUGAAUAAAGUUAAAUGGCUGGAAAUGUAUGGGGUGGACAUGCACACAGUGCUGGGAAAGGAUGGUAUGGAGUACCAUUUAGGCUUGACACCCACUGGCAUUUUGGUGUUUGAGGGAAACCAAAAGAUCGGAUUAUUUUUCUGGCCUAAAAUUGGCAAAUUGAACUUCAAGAAGAAAAAACUGACGCUUGUAGUUGUAGAAGACGACGAUCAAGGACGAGAGCAAGAGCACACCUUCGUAUUUAGAUUACACAAUGAAAAGGCCUGCAAACACCUGUGGAAAUGUGCAGUGGAGCAUCAUGGAUUCUUCAGGUUGAAGGCGCCCCCCAGACCCAACUCUGCCAAGCAAAACUUCUUCCGAAUGGGUUCCAGGUUCCGAUAUUCCGGUAGGACUGAGUACCAGAGCACUUACCAGGCCAGAGCAAGGAGAACUGUCCAAUUGGAGAGAAGACCGAGUCAAAGAUAUGGGCGUCGUCAGAGCCACGUUUUACGCGAAAGACAGCAAAAGGAGCAGAUAGAGGCUCAAAAGGCAGUAGAAUGUGCUGAUAUAGUUUCAAAUAAGGGCCCGGAAAGCCUCCAGCCUUGUUCCAGCAGGGCCUCUAGUAGAUCUAACGCUACCAACACCACAGAUAACGAAUCCGGAUGCUGUGGAAUUACUGACGAUGUUACAAAACCAGUUUCCGAAUCGUUAGGUUUAUUGAGCCAGAACAGUUUUGGAAAGGGUUCUAUAGGGCAUAGUUCGUUUGGUAAGGCGUCAGUGGGACAGAAUUCCUUUGGAAAGGCCUCAAUUGGUUGUAGUUCCUCUUACAGUCCUGCUUUGUCGAUUUCUUCUUCAAAAAAUGGGACUCUGAAGAGGAGCCAACAGGCAUCGUCUCCAACGAGUUUCAAAGAGUUGUCGGUGAGUCCUACCCCAUCAUCGACAGCCGACAGUCAGCUCGACAUGCUGCUCAAGAGUCUCGCAAAAGAGACUUUGAAUGGUGUGCACAGGGAUGAAAAAAGAAACGAAGUCUCGACUUUUGUCGAUAAAUCUGAUGAUCUCGAUGGGGAAGUCUUGAUGAAAUCAUUAUCAGCAGAAAUACCUAAUAAUAUUACCAAGUUUCUCAAUACUUCGGUCAAACCUAUUCCUCUAAAUCAACUCAAGUGUAACAUAUUGAAAGCUAAAGUGGAAGAAGAAUUAAAUAAUGGAGCUCCUUCUAUGCUAUCAACGAAGAUGACAAAUCAGAUGUUUGUGGCUGCUGCCAAAGACGAUGAGACCAGUUUGAACUCAUUAAAUGCUGCGACCUUUGUAGCUGUGGGUGGUGACAAGUUAACGUUGUCAGUAGCGGGUCCUCCUAGCACCACCGCCUCCCUAAUACCCAGCCCCACAAAGUCUGAAAAAACUGAGAAUGUCAAACGCAGUACGACCCCCGUAACCGUAACAUUUUUCGGCCAUUCCGAAAAAGGAAAACUUGAAAAGAAAACCCUUCAAAGUCCUGAAAAUCGCAACAAAAAGUCACUCACUCUUUUUAAUUCAUCUGAAAUAUUGACUCCCAUGAAAAUUUUGAACUCUCCGACCGACAAGAAGACAGUAAAGAGUCCGAAAAGUCCGAGGGGGGUGUUUUUCUCGAAUGGGGGAGCUGGAGUUAAUAAUAAUUCUAAUCCGUUUGUGAAUUUUUCUACUGAGGUGGACAAAAACGCCGUUUCGUUCCCGUUAAAUUCCUCGAGCAAUAAUCCCUUUUUGCCCUGUAACAACCCUUUUAGAGAGACUGACGAGGUCGACGAGGGUGCUAAAAAUAGCGACGUCAGCGAAGGGGGCGACUCAUUAGCAGCCAACAGCGAGGAUAACGAAUCUCAAAAUUCACCCACCACGACCUCCGUGACACCCUCAUUGAGUAAAUUGUCGCCUUGGUUAGUAUCGUCUGAGGUGAUACAAUCCCCAGUGGCGAAGGUGAACACCACUGAAACGGCUAUUAUCAGAAAAUCAGUAAUUACAACUCAACUUUAAGUUGUACUUUUGUUUUCCUUUUUAACAACGAAAACUUUUUAAAAUAUUCAUUGUGAACUUGUGGCAAGUGUCUUUUAUCGAAAAAUAGGGAGCAAAUCGUUUGUUUAUGUAUUAUUUAAUAAUUUCAAAGAGAAAUAGCUAAAAGUGUAACUUUAAUUCAUGUUUUUCUUUUUAUCUACUUAAUUGCAGUAUUAUUUUCAAAAUUAUUAAGUUUUAUUUCGUAUAAAAUACAAAAUUGUAGUAAACAUUUAUUGAAAUCAAUAAGAAAAAGGUUUGUAGAUGUUAUUGGCUGUGAAUUAAUGAAAUUGUAACGUCAAAAGGUAUUAAAAACUAAUUAAAAUUAUAGGCUCAAGUAAGUUCCACAAUCUUGAAUUUUAAUAUUAUUCUAGUUGAUUCUGAAGCCUCUAAAUUUGAUUUUAACUUAUUUUUUUUGUAAUGUAACUUACAGCAAACUUUUAUUAAACAAUUAGUUAAUCUGUUUUCAUUAAACAAUAUAAUUAGGGACCAAUAAAUAUGAAAAAAGCUGACUUAGAGGUAUAAGUGUAAUAAAAGUAGCAUUUUAUAUCGCGAUUAAUGAUUUAUAAAUUGUUUUUUGUAAUUUAUUUUUGAAUAAGUAUUUCUUAUACUUUGUAAAUAAUUAAGUGCCAUUUUAAUCGAAAAAUGGGGAUGUAUCAUAGUUUAUAAGAGAAAUGAGGAUUUUAUUAAAAUGCUUUUACUAUUUAACUGUUCCUGCGACAGUUAAUUACUUAAGGACCAAGGUAAAUGUAAUUUCUUCCGUCCUUUAUAAGUAAUAUUGUUGUAACAAUUUUAUUUUGCUAAUAAAGAGCUAUAUGAUGUUA